AUGGCCCAGCAGGAAUCCCUAGACCGCGCAGCGAUGCACCCUGGUAGCCAGCCUUACUCGAAAGAUGAACUCGUUAAUAUCAUCAUGGAAAGUCUUGAUAAAAGCACGGAAGAAGAGACCCUAGAAUUUCACGAGGUCGACAUUUCGACUGCAUGGCAGACAAUUGACGAACUAGAACGUCGCGAAGGACCAAGAUUACACAGGACCACCUACGACUCACAUCAAAAGAUCCUCAAGCUUGUCAUACGGCCGUGCAUAAUACACGACAUCCACUUCACUUGGUUCAUUCACCAAAUCACGCUGAAUCCAUCUUUGAUUGUCAAGGAGAAGAUGGAUCUACACAUUUUUGCGUCACCCAGAUUCGAGAAUUUCCAGGCACCAUAUACGGCCUCCCAUAAAGAACCGGACCAGUGCAUCUUGCCACCUGGGAAGAGCCUUCCGACAGUGGUGAUAGAGAGUGGAUGGUCCGAGACGAAACAGCAAUUGUACAGGGACCGCGAUCUCUGGCUGAAAGGUGGUGUUGGAAACAUACAGGUCGUGAUUAUACUGAAAUGGGGCGCGGAUCCUGAACGGAAAGUGAGGGGUGACAUUGAAGUAUAUGACCUGGAUACGUUGGGAAAUAUUCGUUGCAUUUCAUGCGAGGUGAGUGGCAACGACCUCGACCAACCUAUGGUAUACUUACCCAACACACGAAAGGCUAUACUCCCUUGUCCACCGGCCGAAAUUGCUGCCACGCAAAGGAUUAGCCUGACAAAAGGUCAACUGUUUGGCCCAAGCUUAUUCCCUGCUCGGAACGAUGAUGCAGUCGUCGAUCUCGAUAUGAAGGAGCUUCGAGAAAUCGCUGCUAUGUAUAUUCUCCAGCAAGGCUAUACUCCCAUGUAG